AUGGCGACAAAAGGAGAGUCAAUAAUAGAUGACGAUAGCCCACCCGCGGCUGUGUCAUUCUUCCAUCCGUCCCUCAAGGAGGUUCGGAAGCAAGUGUUCUAUCACUGGACUCGCACCUUGUUCAUUUUAUGCCUCUUUGUGUUUUGCGUACUAUCUAUCUUCUGGGGAUCACAGUAUGGCACAGAAAGCAACUUCCCCGCACUCAAAGUCUGGAUCGUCGACUUUGACGGCCAAGUUGACCCCUACAAAGAAAGCGACCCUGUAGUCGGCCCGUCGGUCAUCAAUGUCGCCAACCAGAUCCUCCAAUCUGACGGUAUUAACCUCGGCUACAUUAUCAAGUCUCCCGCCGACUUCGACUAUGAUCCUUGGGCCGUGCGUCAGGGCAUCUACGAUGAGCAUGCAUAUGCUGCUGUGGUAGUCCAACCCAAUGCAACUAGCUUGCUCCGACAUGCUGUCUCUAGCGGCAAUGCGACGUACGAUCCAACGGGCGCAGUCCAGACGGUGAUCAUCUCCGCCCGUGAUGAAACAUCUUAUUUCACCUAUAUCCUCCCUGAGCUUGCAGUCUUCCAGGGCCUGGUGGUGGCAGACUUCGGUCCGCAGUGGGCUCGUCAGCUAGUCUCAUCAGACACAAACCUGUCAAAUGCAGCCCCGCAGGCGAUUAACCCAGGCAUUGGCUUCACAACCAUCGACCUCCGUCCGUUUGGCCCAGCUGUCGCUGCACCUGCCGUGACAAUCGGUCUAAUCUACCUAAUCAUUAUUUCAUUCUUCAACUUCCCAUUCCUGAUGCCAGUCCAUGCUCGGUUUAUGAAACCCGAUGUCAGACCGCCGCUGAAGAUACCGCAUUUGAUGAUUUGGCGCAUUGUGUCGAGUAUAUUGGCAUACUUCUUUCUCUCGCUCUUUUAUUCCCUGGUAUCUCUGGCCUUCCGGAUCCCAUUCAGCAAUGACCCCGCGUCAGAAGUCAUGCCAGCAAAUAAUCCCAAUGCCUAUGGCCAUGGCUCGUUUGUUGUUUUCUGGAUGCUAAACUGGGUGGGUAUGGCUGCGCUGGGAUUCCCAUGUGAGAAUAUGGCCAUGGUUCUUGGGUUCCCCUGGAGCUCUUUCUUCUUGAUUUUCUGGGUUAUCACGAACGUUGCUACCGCCUUCUAUGCUAUUGACCUGGCGCCAGGGUUUUAUGCGUGGGGAUAUGCUUGGCCGUUGCAUCGCAUUGUUGAGGCAUUGCGGACGAUCUUGUUCGAUACUCAUUCGCGCAUUGGAUUGGACUUUGCGAUUUUGUUUAUCUGGAUUGCGGUCUCGUUGGCGUUCUUCCCAUUUGCGACUUUCAUCAUGCAGUGGAAAAUGAAGCGAGGAAUAUAG